GCGUCUACUUCCGAGUCGCGCCGACGUAACGCGAGCGGCAUGAACACGUGACUUCGGCACGGCAGCGAGUUACGUUCUGCGCGAUUCGAAUCGUUCUCGAGACAAAAUGAUGUCCCUUUCGAUGCGCGUGGGGGUUUGCUCGCUGGCGGUGACCGCCGCGAGGCUUUGCAGCACCGGCAACAGCAAGCCGACGGUCUACUUCGACAUUUCGGCCGACAAGGAGCCGCUUGGCAGGGUCACCUUCGAGCUCAACGCUGAAGUUGUGCCCAAAACUGCAGAAAACUUCCGGGCCCUGUGCACGGGGGAGCACGGCUUCGGCUACAAGGGCUCCACGUUCCACCGCGUCAUCCCGCAGUUCAUGUGCCAGGGUGGCGAUUUCACAAACCACAACGGAACCGGUGGGAAGUCCAUUUACGGAUGGAAGUUUCCAGAUGAAAACUUCAAACUGAAGCACACCGGACCUGGCAUCUUGUCAAUGGCCAACGCAGGACCCAACACAAAUGGAUCCCAGUUUUUCAUCUGCACCAGUAAGACGGAAUGGCUGGAUGGCAGACACGUGGUGUUCGGCAGCGUGAAGGCGGGACUGGACGUGGUGAAGAAAGUGGAAUCUUUCGGCUCGCGGUCGGGACACACAUCCAAGAAGAUCACCAUCACGGACUGCGGCGAGCUCAAGUAGUCUGCUGUCAAAAUUCCCGACGGGAAGCCCUCCGGUCGGGCGUUUCCCUUUUUUGAUCGGCCAACCGCUAGACGCACUCGAACGUCUCACUGUGAAAUGUGAACUUGAGCCAUUAUGUCAUCUGACUUGGAAAAGGGGUUUUUUUUUUAAAUUUUCCAUCAAUAAAGGGGAUUUUUUUUUUUUUUUUUUCAAGGUGGUUGUCGUUCACCAUCAAUAUUUUUGUAAGAAAACUGCAGAGAUGCACGCAGGUCGGACACGGCGUCUUGCUCCAGACGUGAAGGCCAAUCGCGUUAUUAGAAAUCUCACCGAUUCCUUUCCAGCACAUCGGUGGGAAAGAUGACUGCAAAUGUCGUUGGCGUUACACGUUACCCAGUUCGAAAUCCAACAGUUACUAUUUGUUACUUUCUCUCGCGUAACAACGACAUUUGAUUAAAUCUGAAUGAAUGCAUUUCAAUUAAUAAAAAAAAAAAAGAUAUGUGUCAAAAAGCCAAAUAAUCGGUGCCCAGAAUCGUUCUGUUCCAAAAGUUGAGAGCGUGACGGAUGAAACUGUUUGGCAGUCUUGAGCGUUGAGUUUGUG